CACUUGCUUUGUAUUGGCGGGAUCAAAUAAGAGUAACGUCAAACUCCAUUUUCCCUGUAAUUUUAUAGUUAAACAGAAGCCGAGUUUUCAAAAAUUAUCAUUAAAAAACUGAAAAUUUUUCUAGUUUAUUCACGUGUUCGUUAAAGGCAAUAUGGGCACUGUCGGUGAUAAAGGUGAUGCGGAGACUUUCGACGAUGCCGUUGAAGAGCGAGUAAUUAAUGAAGAGUACAAAAUCUGGAAGAAAAAUACCCCCUUUCUUUACGAUUUGGUGAUGACUCACGCUCUGGAAUGGCCAUCAUUAACAGCUCAGUGGCUGCCCGAUGUUACAAGACCAGAAGGCAAAGAUCACAGCCUACAUCGACUCAUACUGGGCACCCAUACAAGUGAUGAACAGAACCACUUACUUAUCGCUAGUGUGCAGUUGCCUAAUGAAGAUGCCCAAUUCGAUGCAUCUCACUAUGAAAACGAGAAAGGCGAGUUUGGUGGUUUCGGAUCUGUUUCCGGUAAAAUCGAAAUUGAAAUUAAAAUAAACCACGAAGGUGAAGUGAACCGCGCUAGAUAUAUGCCGCAGAACCCUUGUGUAAUUGCCACAAAAACUCCUUCCAGUGAUGUUCUUGUUUUUGACUACACCAAACAUCCGAGUAAACCGGACCCGAAUGGUGAAUGCCAUCCAGAUUUGCGGCUCAGGGGGCACCAAAAAGAGGGUUACGGCCUAUCAUGGAAUCCCAAUCUAAAUGGAUAUCUACUGUCUGCUAGCGACGAUCACACUAUCUGCCUGUGGGACAUCAAUGCCACCCCCAAAGAAAAUCGGGUAAUUGAUGCCAAGACGAUCUUCACAGUUUCAGGUCAUACAGCGGUAGUCGAAGAUGUGGCGUGGCAUUUGCUUCACGAAAGUCUUUUCGGAUCGGUGGCAGACGAUCAGAAACUUAUGAUCUGGGAUACCAGAUGCAACAACAUCAGCAAGCCAUCACACACCGUCGACGCUCACACCGCCGAAGUCAAUUGUCUCAGUUUCAAUCCUUAUUCUGAAUUUAUUCUUGCUACCGGAUCCGCGGAUAAAACUGUGGCUCUUUGGGAUCUGCGGAAUCUCAAACUAAAACUACACAGCUUCGAGUCACAUAAAGAUGAAAUUUUCCAGGUUCAAUGGUCGCCUCAUAAUGAAACAAUUCUCGCGUCCUCUGGUACGGAUCGGCGACUCCACGUAUGGGAUCUAAGUAAAAUUGGUGAAGAACAAGCAGCGGAAGAUGCUGAAGAUGGACCGCCAGAACUGCUCUUCAUUCACGGCGGCCACACGGCCAAGAUUUCAGGUAAUUAGUGUUUCUUACUUUGAUUUGCUUUGUGUGGCGGAUAAAAUAACGCAUUCGUUAACUGUAUUAAUAAUGCUGAACAAUUAACGAGUUUGAUAUGGUUUUUUCCAGAUUUUAGUUGGAAUCCUAAUGAAGCUUGGGUGAUUUGCUCUGUGUCCGAAGAUAAUAUAAUGCAAGUUUGGCAAAUGGCAGAAAAUAUUUAUAAUGAUGAGGAAACCGAGCAGCCGACCGCUGAUAUUGAUUCAGUUGCAGCCACAGUCUAAUUUGCAAAAACUUUAUACUUUUAAACAAUCUGCGAUCGUCAUUUUGGAUUUGUUAUUCCCCAUUUUAAAUCUGUCUUGCGUUAUUUAUAAUUUUAUAGGAUUAAAUUAAAGUUUUGCAUAAUA